CGCCGAGCAGGGGGCACUUGGGCCGGCCGCGGCGCGCCGCCUCCGCUGAUUGGUCGCCACCACUUCAACGCGCGCCGCUACUUAAAACGGCGCGCGCCGCGGUGGGCGCGUGUAGUCUCCUCUGCUUGGCCAGAGCACGUCUGCCCGCCCCCACCAGCCAGCUGCUAAGUCCCGUCGCCAUGGAUCUGCUCUCCGCCGUCGUGUUCGCAGUGCUGGCCGCCGUCCACCUGCUGGGCUGGCUGCUGACGAAGGAGCAGAAGGCGGGCUUCCAGAGGCUGCUGGCCGACUGGUUGCCGCUGGCUGGCAGGAGACCCACCCGACGCCCCCCUCCGCGACCCUGGGCGCUGCCCAUCAUCGGCAACAUGGUCCAGCUCGGACUCAAGCCCAACCCGUACGAGUGCAUGGCCGACAUCAGCCGCCGCCUGGGCGCCGUCUACGGCCUCAAGCUGGGUCCCACAGAGGCCGUCGUCGUCAACGACAUGGCCAGCAUCCGCGAGGUGCUCGUCACCAAGGGCGACCACUUCGACGGCAGGCCCAACUUCCUGCGCUACCACGAGCUCUUCGGCGGCGACCGCGACAACUCGCUGGCGCUCUGCGACUGGUCCAAGAAACAAGUGUCGCGCCGCAACGUGGCCCGCCACUUCAUGCACGUGCGGCCCGGCUCCGAUGUCUUCCAGAUGCUGAACGACUCGAUCAUCACCGAGAUGCCUGCCGUGGAGCAGCAAAUCCGCGCGGCCGCCGGGCGGCCCAUCGACUUCAAGCCGCUCGUACAAAUGAUGUCGUGCAACAUUUUCUGCGACUACCUCUGCUCCGUCCGGUUCGACCAGAACGACCCCGAGUACCAGCGUCUGGUGCGCGACUUCGACGAGGUCUUCUGGGAUAUCAACCAGGGCUACGCCAUGGACUUCAUCGAGUGGCUGAGGGUCUUCCGCCUUGGCACGCUGAAGCACCUGCGGAAACUGUCGAGCCGGAUCAGGAAGUUCAUCUGCGAGCGGAUCGUCAACCACCACAAGGAGACCAUCGACUACGACAACCCACGAGACUUUGUCGACAUGCUGCUCAGGCGUAUGAACAGCCAAGAAGGAGAUCAUGAGCGGAUAUCGGAGACGACGGCGCUCUACGAGCUGGAGGACUUUCUGGGAGGACACUCCGCCGUCGGAAACAUCAUCAUGCAAACCGUCACACAGCUCGCGCGCCAUCCUGAGGUGCAGGCCAAGGUUCAAGAGGAGCUGGACUCGCACGUCGGUGACCGGCAGCUGAGUCUGGACGACCGCGCCAGCCUGCCGUACACAGAGAGCACCAUGUACGAGGCGCUGCGCGUCUGCAGCAGCCCCAUCGUGCCACACGUGGCCUCCCGAGACUCCACCAUCGGAGGCUACGACAUCAGCAAGGACACACUCGUCUUCAUCAACAACUACGAGCUCAAUACGAGUCCACAACUGUGGACCGAUCCGGCCACCUUCAACCCCGGCCGCUUCGUGAAAAACGGAGCCAUGGUAAAGCCCCCGCACUUCUUGCCCUUCUCCACAGGCAAGCGCAGCUGCAUGGGCUCAAAGAUGCUGUCCAACAUCACCUUCCUCACAAUCGGGUGUCUGCUGCAGAAGUUCGAUAUUUCGCUGCCCGACUGCCCCAAGAACUCGCGCAUGGUCAAGGAGCACCUGGUGACCGGCUGUCUGGCGCUGCCCGUCGACUCCUUCUCGCUCGUCUUCAAGGAGAGAACCCACACGUGAGCGGUCUUGACAAGCUGACGUUGGUCGAGCCUCUGCUCGGCCAACUGACCGACGCGUGGAAAGCUUCUCCUCAACACGAGCCUCAAAAGCUACAGCCCAGUUAGUCUGUCUGAAAAGAAGCACUUCUUUGAGGCAUUAUUUUAUGUUACAAUGAUGAUUGCGUUCCAUUUUUUGUCGUACUUUGGCAUUAUUUAAACUUUCGUUCUCCGUGCCGAGAAGCGAAUGUCUUUGCGCGUCCUGUGUCUAUCAGCAUUGGCUGGCGGCUGUGAUCUCCAGACGUGAUCUCCUCCGAGGGCCCUCUUCUGUACCCACCGACGGGCGACCGGUGCGCGUCCGUCCACCGGCCACCGGCCGCCUCUGUCCGCCCACCGCCGGCCGCGCACACCGGCCCAGCGCCACUCCAAAUAUGUAUUUAUUGUUUGUGCGUGGUAGCGUAGGUGGACCCGCUGGCAUUAAUGAGUAACUGGUGAGGAUUUCUUUUCAACUUUUGUAGUAUUCUUUUUUCUUUGUGGAAGUUUGUCUUGAUAAAUUUGUAAAUACCGCGAGGGCAUAACGUAGGACAGGAUCUAUGAUAUUAACAAUGUGAUAUGACAGUAGGAUGCCAGCGGGACGCGGUCGCUCCCCGAUCAGGGUUGAGGAAGGCCAGGCGUUCGGAGCAGUAUCUCCAUGGUGUUUUUGUGCGAUGAUGACGAUUGUUCUUCUGGUGACGAGUGGGAGCGCUGGAGCGCAGGGGAUCCGCAGUCCCGAGCGCCGGCAGCAGACGGACCGGAUGCCCCAACCUGCCUGCGGCGGGCCAAAGGCAGAAACGGCAUUACCCGAGCAACGCGACCCGAACCCAGCUUUGUACGAGCGCGCGCGCGGCGCCAGGGACCUAGGCGGGGUGUGCGGAACUGGACCAAGGCGUCGGCUGGCCCGGGCCUCUGAGACCGCUAUCUUACCACGUAAGGGCCUCGGAUCGACUCAUGUGACUUCUGUUUGAAUGAUUUCGGGUUGCUUUGGAACCUCAGAAAUCUAGGUUGAAGCCUUUUUACUUUGUACAAUGCUUGUCAAUCCUUCGUGGCAUUCUCUUGUUGUUGUUAUUGUCAAUAAACUGUUGGCGUA